UAUCUUCACAUCAACUGAACUAUCUUUUGUGAAGAACAACCAUUAAUAUUGUUGUUUGGUGCUGCCUUCUCCAAAAUCCAAUUCAGGUUGCAUGGCUGCUUUAUGUGUUCUGCAACUUCAGGUUGAUUUCAUGGUUGCCUAUCCACAUACCUAUUUUAACAACUGAAAUUUUGAAAAUUCGAAUUUGAAACUGGGUUCAUCAGCAGCAUAUUAGAAAUGCCACAUAAAUGUUAUAUAUUGCUCCAGAUGCUGCACCCUUGAGUCCUUUGGCCAUAGGCUUGCUAGUCUCUACUUAAUGUACAUAGAAUGGGAAAUAAGAUGUAUUGUUAAUUGUUUUCGUACUAGUUUUUUGAAUCUUAACGUUUUAAAGGCAUGGCAUACUAUAGUUUGUAAUAUUUGAAGAAAUUACUUAGGAGUUUCUACUCAUGCUUAUGCCAUGAAAUUGGGUGGUAUGUCUUCUAAAAGAGCAACCCUGCUCAUAUGCGUACCAGCACCUUGUAAUUUGCUUUCUUUGUCAAUCAAUAUAGUAACAUAAUGAAAGGAUAACAUAACUAAUGGCCCAAGGGUUCCACUAGUUUUGCAAGGAUUGCAAUUGGUUUCAGAUACAUAGAGAAGGCCAUGGCAUAUGUUUCUUAUUUACUUUAGUAAAAGACAGUGCUUAAGGUGGUAACAGUAAGUGUUUCUGGGGCAGUCAUAUAGUUAACAGAUGGUGGAUGCUGAGGAAGCUUCAUUCCCCUUGUCUUUGGUGCUUUCCUCUAACACUGUGAGUUUGCUUGGAAUUUAUCUUCUCAUCAAGGACUUUUCCUAUUAAUGCCUCAGAACUUUUUUGUCUUAUGGUUUUAUUUGGAUUUGUUCCUAGUCAUUCUUUCUUAUGUCUUCAGAGUAAUGCUGGAUUGGUUUGCGAUAUUGUUUUAUGUAGCAUAAUGCUUGUCUCUAGGAGCACCAAUUGAAGAUCUGAGUUUAAAAAGUGUUUGUACUUAUUGAUGACAGCCUUCUUACUACGCGUUUCAUAGUAUACCUCAUUGAAAGCAUAUUGGUUGCAGAGGAAGCAGGAAUCAUGAAAAGUAAGUCGGUGAUCCAGUACAAAAGACUGACUCUCUCAACAUCUGGUAGAGAAGAUUGACUCUAUAUCAGCAAAUCAGCUCUCCUCAGGCUAGAAGCUUUAUCAUGUCUGAGAUUGGAAAUGAUCGUAAAUGCCUUCAAUUUGACAAUGCAGCCGAAAUUGGAUACAUUGAAGAAGUCUUGAUCAACAUUCUAGCUCGACUUCCUGUGAAAACUGUGGUAGCAUGCAAAUCUGUUGCCAAACACUGGCUAAAAUUGAUAUCUGAACCACAAUUUCCUGUCUUGCAGUUAACCUGGUCAAGGAGAAAACUGAAAUAUAUUAUAUGUCCUUAUCCCGAAGACACAGAUAUAAUCACUCAUCUGUCUUUGAUGGAGGAAAAUGGAAAAAUUAGUCAAACUCUCCCUCUUUCUGGUUUUGAAAACAUCUGUUCACCUGAGAUGUUCUGUUUCAUGAAUGGUCUGAUAUGCAGUGUGGAUGAAGAUGACGAUCUGAAUGAAGUGAAUGUUCGCAUUUUUAAUCCUAUCACUCAGGACACUUUACUACUUCCGCGAGGCAGUCCAUCACUCAUAGUUCCAUCAGUCGGGAUUGCUUUCGACCCCAAAAGCAACGAAUUUAAAGCAUUUCGGUUCUUCUCAGAGCCAUCUGAAGAUGAGGAUGUUAAGUAUAAGUGCGAGGUAUAUACCUCUAGUUCUACAGCAUGGAGAAGGAUCUCUGAGGAUGUGGAACGUCCUGAUCAUAAUCCAUUCCACCCAUUCCCCCCUUAUUAUGCUAGUGUAGCCGGAUCAUUGUACUGGUUUGUGUGGUCAGAAGAUGAUCCUGGAACUCCCCUUCGUAUCCUUUCAGUUGAUAUGAACGACAAUUUUACAGAAAUCGAAUUGCCCACACUGCUGCACCAAUGGAGUUUCUUGAUAGAAUUUGAGGGCUGCUUAUCAGUAGUGCUAAUGGAUUAUCCAGAUUCUUACACAGCGAGCCAGCAUGAAGAUCCUCAACCUUAUCUGGAAGUAUAUAAAUUCAAAAAUCAUAAAUGGUGCCUCAGAGCUAAAGCAGAAAUGGAACUGAUGGAUAUCCACAGUUUCAACUCCGUAGCUGCUCGAGAUAACGAGAUAUUCUUGAUAAUUAGACUUGCAGAUGACUCCUUCUGCUACCUCGUCUUUGACAUGGCUGAAAAUAGUUUCCACACACUUGCUCUAUCUGACAGUUUUGAGGGAUAUUCUCCUGUUGCAUUUCCAUUUGCCGAAAGCCUCCUCAAGUGUAGUGGAAGCUAAUGGAGAGACAAAUUCCGGGACUUCAGUAGGCGUGUAUCGUUUUCUAUUGAUUGUGGGAUUUUGUUGACUAUGCGACUGAUCUGCACAUGGAGAUGAGAUGGAACCCGUUUCUUAAUCGAAGAAGGCUUAGGGUGCGAUAUUAGUUGCUGGUGUUGCGGUGGUUUUCCCUAUUUUUCUUGUGUAGUUUAGUAUUUGUGAAAUGCAUGUGCAGAACGGAAAGACAAAAAGACUCAAAAGACCGCGUGUAUUUAUGCAUUGUUUGAACUGCUCUCCUCCUUUGAUCCUGUUGAGAUGCUCUGUGAACAUCUCGGUAUUAGUUUGAGUUGUGUGUUUGUAUUUAUGCAUUGUUUGAACUGCUCUCCUCCUUUGAUCGUGUUGAGAUGCUCUGUGAACAUCUCGGUAUUAGUUUGAGUUGUGUGUUCUUGAAAUCUGAGGUUGUCUUACUACAUUUUCGGCAUGAUCACCAUGCAAUUAUGUUAAUCUUGUUGAAAGAUAUUGGUUCGAGUGUAUUUUGGUUGGGCAAGAUGUCCCUUCUGAGAAUAGUUCUUGUUACGUCUCAAUGUCUUGUCCAAUGGAGUUGGAGCCUGAAAACCCUGAAACUGCCCUAUGGUUUUUCUAUUACAUCAUGGUAAGAUAUUGAAUCAUAGCAAUAUUCUACUGAUGCCCACAAGUCCCGUUUAUAAACGCCUGAGGUAGGGGUCGGCUCAGAGAGGUCUCACGCUAGACGAGGGUUUCCGAGGUUUGAGCGGCGGAGAAUAAGGCUGCAACAUGAGUCUUGUCGGCUCACGCAUUCAAGCUCGAGCUGGAGAAUAAGGCUGCAACAUGAGUCUUGUUGGCUCACGCAUUCAAGCUCGAGCUGGAGAAUAAGGUUGCGUCAAGUUGGCUCACGCAUUCAAGCUCGAGCUAGAUUCUUUACAUUCGUGAGCUUGUGAGCACAUUUUCCUUUC